AUGAGUCCCGUCAACCAAGAGACAAGCUCUGGCACUGUGCGUCGUCGUUUAUACUCGCUAUCAUCGGUCUUUCGCCCCCAGGCAACCAAGAGAGCUAGCAUAUCUGAUGCAGUGCAGGAGGAGCCAACUUGCCUGGAAAAGAUCCACUACCCUGUGUUUGAUCCCCUGGAUCCUCGUCACAACCCAGAGAUACCGACCGUGCUGUGUCAUUCCAAUGAGCAACAAAGUUCGUCUUCGGGGUCACGCAGUCCAAUGGCAUGGGUCCAAUCCCUCUCAAAGCGAACUCUUCAUAGAGCUCGAUCAGGUCUAUUGGCAUUGAAAUCAGGGUUUAGUCACCAUCCAAGUGACCGUCCAAGUGAAGAAGAGCCCCAGGAGAGAAGCUUUGUUAGCCCCGUUGCUCUCAGACGCGAAAUUCAGCUUGAAAGACAACGCCACGCAAUGUCAUCCGGGGGGUACACUUCGGAUACACAAGAGGACCCGAACUUUGGCGCCCAGCUAUCUCGCAUGGACCUUCCACCGUCUUCACCAUCAUCGAAUGAUGAAAUGGAGCCUCUUGUCCGCGUCCAGUCUGUUUAUCCGAUGCCUGCGCCCAAUCGAUACGAAUAUUCUAGCCGCCCCGUAAGUAAUGUCAGGGUAAACUCGACUUCCACACUAGCCAACGGCCGUGAUCUUGACUUCCAAUUUGCUGGAAAUGAAGAGUUGGAGGCGAAUAUGAAUUUUGAGGAUCACUCUAAUCACACAAUUCCAUCGACAGAAACGUAUUUGAUACAGCAGACAUGGGGCGUUGCAAUCUCUACCGACGAAGGGAUUGAAACGUCCACCAAAGAACUGGCAGAUCCUCAAUCAGUUCCUGGAGAGCAGCAAGCAACAAAUCUUCAGCAGCAAAAUAUCGGUCAUGCAAGUUCAGAUACACAAAACAGCGAUGAUCAACCAAUUUCAGUUCCCAUUUCGAGACAGUCUUCCGCCGAAGUUCGGUUUGCAUUUCCAGGAAUCUAUCAUGAGGCGCUCAAUGAGUGGGCGAGACAACAUGGUAGUCCAAACCUCAGUCGACACAGUCUUGAUCUCAUUGAAUACAGUCCCAAUCCCAGUCAUCACAGUUCCAGCCCCAUCCAACACAGUCUCAGCCCACACAGUCUCAGCCCACAUAGCCCCAACCUCACUCAACACAACCUCAGACUCUAUGAACAAGAAGAAAUCCCGUGCGCUCCUCAAGAGCCAUUCGACCGCAUUGUACUUCAGGAAGAUACACACAGCGGCCUGCCUCCGUAUCCUGGAUACGAUGAAGGUCACAUACCUUUAGUAUUUUCGCAAAGUCCAAUCACACAUUCUGAAGAAAUGCAGCCAUUUUCCUAUCCCAAUCCCCUCAAUUGUAUCCCCAACCUGAAUUCGGAAGAAAUAUGGUCGUCUACCUCCGAAAGAGCACCCACCCAGUGGUCAAGUGGAGAAGAUUAUUCAAGCCGUUACACACCUGCUGAUACCACAUCCCGAGAUAUCACAUCAACGGAAAUGACUUCAAUGGAAUCAACGACAACUGAUACAUGGUCUCCAUGGUCCCCGAUGGACUCCAAGGUCCUUUUCCCUAGCCCAGUGGAGGAUGGAGAUGAGUAUUUCCUUGUUGACGGCAAAAGCAGCCAGUAUCCCGACGGAGGCAAUGAGCCAGUCAAAUCCACACAGCAUACCACCAGCAACUGUGAUACUACUAGACCUCAAGGACCGACUGAGUUGAUCCCCCCAGGGAUCAUGUCCCUACGACUCAUGUCCAAUGGUAUUACCGAUGCAGAAUUGGAAUUUGUGGAAGAGGAUACAGAUGACGAGUUCUAUCCUGGAAUUGUACAGCCAAGACAGUUUUGGUGA